AUGUAACUGAAACUCAGUUUAAUUUUGCUUCUUCUUUUCUUUGCUAAUAGUAUUAAUGCUCUUAGCAAAUGCUAAUGUACUGUAGAUUCUUCUUCUUUUCCAGGUUCUAGUACUGCUCCACCUGCAUCUCUUACUUUCUCAUCUGAAAACGAAGUUGUUGGAAAUACAGAUGUAGGAAAACUUAUUGCUGUAGGCUCUAUUCAAGUACUAUAAUAAGUUUUUUAAGUUUAAAAGCAAUCUAGUGAAGGACUUAAUCACAAUUGCCCCACAGGAUAUAUUCCUCUUACUAAAGAUGACUUUAUUGUCAUAAUAGGAAGAACUGAUAUAAAUUCUUUAGUUGGAUCAACAUACUUAAAUCUUGAUUUCUCAAAAAAUGUUUACUAUUCUUCUUCUAAGGUAAACUAAACAGCUACUGACGGUGGUGACAAUAAUUCAUAUAUCUACUUUACUUUAUCUUUAGAUUAAAAUAAUAAAUUUGCUAUUGGUAAUUCAAACACGUACUGGGAAUCGAAAGUAAAAUCUACUAUUUGCAAAAGGAAUUUGUAGUCGUUUUCUAUUUCUCUAAAUGGGUAUGAAGGUUUCGAUUUAGAAAAAGGAAAAUCAUACUAAAUGCAAAUUACUAACAAAAACGUUUAGCAAUAUUACAUUUAUGAUAACAAUGGAAAUAAAUUUACUACUUAAACCUUCACUUAUACUCAUAAUGGAGAUUCUUAAUGGGGAUGCGCUACACUUAACUUCAAGCUCUAACUUUUUGGGGGAGUUAUCGUUGGUCAAUGUCUAACGAUUUGGACUUAAAACCAGAUUGCCUUUAAUGCUGAUUCUAGCAGUUUCAAUAUGAAUUCAAUCAAAACUGCUGUCUUGUCAGGAGUUAAAGCAAAUGUAAAUACAAUAUACUUUUUCAGUCCUGGUUCAGCACCUAUAGCUCCAAUUAUAGGUGAUUCAGGUUCCUUUUAUGUCUAUUACUCAGUACAGACAUCGUUUUAGAUGAUGGUUUAGAAGGUUUCAAGUACAGGUACUCCUAUUGGAGUUGCUAUUGAUACUAAAUAAGCUGGUAUACCUUUAGAUAUCGUAUCUACUGAAUUUGGCUUCGUAGUGAUGGCAUAGGAUUAAACAUAAAGAGCUUUCAUAUAAGCCAUAAACAAUGAUGGAUCUUAGAGAUGGUUCAGAAUACUAAUUAACAAUGGAAAUAAACCAAACAGCCCAAAAGAUUAGAUUGAAUUUUUCUCAAAUGAUAAAUGUGAAUUAGCUUUUGGAAUGACUUGCAUGUAUAACCCUCAUAAUGGUAGACUUAACUAUGCCAGAGGAAAAAUUUAAGCAAUUUGGGCACAUUAUAAUCACUUUGGAUUUAAAGACGAUGGAAGUAGAAAUGAUCAUACUGGAGACACAAUGAUCAGCCUAGACGCUGAUACAGGAUAUAAUUAGAAUAUCUUUUGGAGUUGGGCUACUUCUCAUUCUUUAUAUUAGAAUAUGCACUAUGAUGGAAAGAAUUUAUAUGUUGCUUCUCUUGGUGAUGCUUUCCCAAUGAAUAUUAACUUUUAGGUUUGUAAUAUAGAUACUUAUCAAUGUAAAAGUAGUAGUACUAUAGUUUAAGGAGAUAUUCCUGGUGAUGGUUAAGGUAACUCAUCAGGUAGAAUUGGUGGUUUCUUUAGCAUUAUAGGAAACAGAAAUCAAAAGCUCUUUGUUUACUAGAGAAAGGCAAGCUAAGGAGAACAUGACGGAGCUGUCUCAACAAAUACAGUAAAUGAACUAGCUGUACUUAAGUUUGAUUCCUAGCUGAACUAUAUUUCAACUACAACUCUUUUGAGUGGUGAUGUAGCUUCAAGAGUAAAUAGUAUAAAAUCAGUACCCUAUGGAAAAAAUAUUUUACUCGCUUACACAGUUAUUCCUUCUUCUGAAGUUAAAAAUUUCAACCGCUAAAACUGCGAUAACACAGUUGAUUAAGCUUAUAUUGCUUUAUUAAGUGGUGUUGAUGGAUCAUUUUUAGUAUAACCAACCUAAUUAUCUACCUUCCAAAUAAAUUCUUCUGACGACUGGAGGAUACUAGAAAAUGGAAGCAUAGCUUAUACAUAUAUUGACAACAGUAACAAUUUAAAUAUUUACUACACACCUACACUUAAAAUUCCUAGUUAUCCAAAUCUCAUUCUACCAAAUGAUAGCAUAUAUGGUUUUGGUAACUUUACAUAUAGCUAAUAGGAAGUCCCUAUAAAUAACUACAACAAUGUUUGUGUUAAGUAAGGUGAUUCAAAUUGGAGUAAUGUAGACUUUAGCAAUAACUCAUCAAACGGUAAUAACCCAUCAAGCGGAAAUAACCCAUCAAAUGGCAAUAACCCAUCAAACGGCAAUAACCCAUCAAAUGGCAAUAACUCAUCAAACGGCAAUAGCCAAUCAAAUGGCAAUAACCCGUCAAACGGAAAUAACCCAUCAAAUGGCAAUAAUCCAUGCAUCUCUGGUAGUAAAUAAACUGGUGAUUGUAUCUCUAUCUCAUAUAAAAAUAUCAUUAAUAACUUAUGUAUAUUUUUAAUAAUUAUAGCUUUCCUAUUCUGA